AUGACGAGGCUAUCUGGUAUUGACAUAAAUGAGCUUCAAUCCAAUCCCCGUUAUCUCCUGCGCCAGCCACGCGCCUUACAGUGGUUUGAGAAAGGGCGAUUGGUUAAGCGCCAUGAUGAGGAGCGACAAGCAGGUGAGGAGCUCAUUCUGGUGUACUUGCUCUAUGUAGCAAUUCUCUCUAACUUCGCUGAUACUCUUGUUGAGGAUAUUUCCGGUGCAAAGCUUGCGAAGUAUAUUCUCAUAUUAGCGCCAUCAUGGCAUGUUUGGAGCGAUCUGCGAGAAUUGAUGAACUCAUUCUAUAAUGACGACUUACUGCAGCGUGUGCUCAUUCUGUGGGUGAUGGCCUUGAUGGUUGUAUAUGGAAAUAACGCGCCCUUAGUCGAUGAGGAUAUCGCGGCCAUGCGUGCUGCUGUUGGAUCAUAUAUGACAGCUCGACUCUCGUUGAUCUGUGCACAUAUGUUUAACUCUUUCGCGAGUUACCAACAUCGACGCCAACAGCGCCUUUGGUUUGGCCUGUCGAUUGUGAACCUCGCUGUAUACAUUCCUCUCUAUUUCGAGUCUGUGUCUAUUCGAGGAAAGAUUGCGGCCGCGGCUGUUGCCGUGGUACUUGAGGAAAUGUCCUGGGUCUUCUCCUAUUCCCCCGUCGCAAAGAAAAUGCUGAGUGUGAAGUACUCCACCGCGGUGGAUAUUCCGCAUGAAGUUGAUCGAUUCGCUGCGUUCUAUAUUAUUGCCCUGGGCGAGUUUCUAUACUUGAUUAUUGUCGGCAAUUAUGCCGCAAUUGGCUUCAAUGAGCGGCUACUCCGAGCGAUCUGGACGCUGAUCAUCGCAUUUUGUCUAAAUUGGCUGUAUGUGCAUGCUGAUGGCUCCGUUGACACGGCACACCCACUGAGACACAAUAUCUAUACGGCGUUUGCUUUUGCGAUCGUCCAUCUUCCUCUGAUAGCUAGUUUGCUGGCCGGUGGACAUGUUGCUGCUGCAUCGGUUCAGGAGAAGGAGUUUGAGGACGCGCAGCGAUGGCUUCUGUGUGGUGGACUGGGAGUUGGAAUGAUAUGCCUAUACGUCUUUGCAUUGCUUCACGGGUCAAAUGACGAGCGCGGAGCUCUAUGUGUCGAAAAGCGUUAUCGUUUAAUCAUGCGACCCGUCACUGGAAUUGUUACCAUAUUGCUGCCUCACGCUCACCAUUUGGAUGCUACUGCGAUACUAUCCAUCAUCAUGGUACUUUUCGUGUUCUGUGUGAUAUGGGAAAGUGUCACGUCACUCAAAAGCGGUGCUCAUUUCUGGGAACCAUGGACUGAGACCGACUAUCCUGAGUCUUGUACUCCAGAUGAUCAUCGAACAAAGGAACUUGAAAAUGUCGAGACUACGGCUGCAUGA